GGGGGGUGGGUCAGGAAGUGGGGGCGCGGCGGCCAGGAGCGGGCCCCCGGUGGCCGAGGGGUUCGGCAACGCGGAGGGAGGGAGAGUCCGGGCCGCGCGGGAGCCGCAGGGCGUCCUAGCCUCUGCAGAAACGAUGGCGGAGGAAGAAGGACCACCUGUAGAGCUGCGCCAAAGAAAAAAGCCAAAGUCUUCAGAAAAUAAGGAAUCUGCCAAAGAAGAGAAAAUCAGUGACAUUCCAAUUCCUGAAAGAGCUCCAAAACAUGUAUUAUUUCAACGCUUUGCAAAGAUUUUCAUUGGCUGUCUUGCAGCGGUUACUAGUGGUAUGAUGUAUGCUCUCUACUUAUCAGCAUACCAUGAACGGAAAUUCUGGUUUUCCAACAGGCAGGAGCUUGAACGGGAAAUCACGUUUCAGGGUGACAGUGCCAUUUAUUACUCCUAUUAUAAAGAUAUGUUAAAGGCACCUUCAUUUGAAAGAGGUGUUUAUGAACUGACACACAAUAACAAAACUGUAUCUCUGAAGACUAUAAAUGCAGUGCAGCAAAUGUCUCUAUAUCCGGAACUUAUUGCUAGUGUUUUAUAUCAAGCCACUGGUAGCAAUGAGAUUAUUGAGCCAGUGUAUUUCUAUAUUGGCAUUGUUUUUGGAUUGCAAGGAAUAUAUGUUACUGCUUUAUUUGUUACAAGUUGGCUUAUGAGUGGAACAUGGCUAGCAGGAAUGCUUACUGUUGCGUGGUUCAUUAUUAACAGGGUAGAUACAACAAGAAUUGAAUACUCCAUUCCUUUAAGAGAAAACUGGGCACUACCAUAUUUUGCAUGCCAAAUUGCUGCACUUACAGGCUAUUUAAAAAGCAACUUAAAUACUUAUGGAGAGAGGUUUUGCUACUUGUUGAUGAGUGCUUCAACUUACACAUUUAUGAUGAUGUGGGAGUAUAGCCACUAUCUCCUGUUUCUUCAAGCAAUAUCUCUAUUCCUGCUAGAUAUCUUUUCAGUGGAGCAAAGUGACAAGGUUUAUGAAGUUUAUAAAAUCUACAUAUUUUCCCUCUUUCUGGGAUAUUUACUACAGUUUGAGAAUCCAGCUUUGUUGGUGUCUCCUUUAUUAAGUUUAGUAGCAGCCUUAAUGCUUGCUAAGUGCCUUCAGCUGAAUGUGAAGAAAGGAAGUUUUGUAGCUAAAAUAAUAAAAGUGAUUAAUUUUUACUUGGUGUGUACUCUGACAAUAACAUUGAAUAUUAUAAUGAAGAUGUUUGUCCCACACAAAGAAAAUGAGCACAUGCUGAAAUUCCUUGAAGUAAAAUUUGGACUAAAUAUGACCAAGAAUUUUACAAUGAAUUGGCUCCUCUGUCAAGAAUCCCUGCAGGCACCAUCUCAAGAUUUUUUUCUGCGAUUGACACAGUCUUCUUUAUUACCUUUCUACAUUCUAGUGUUAAUUAUUUGUUUUCUUUCUAUGUUGCAAGUUAUUUUUAGGAGGAUUAAUGGUAAGUCCCUGAAGGAAACUGUUACUCUUGAAGAUGGACGAAUUGGAGAAAGACCAGAAAUAAUUUAUCAUGUAAUUCACACUAUUUUAUUGGGUUCUCUUGCAAUGGUUAUAGAAGGCUUGAAGUACAUCUGGAUUCCUUAUGUGUGCAUGUUAGCAGCAUUUGGUGUAUGUUCUCCCGAACUUUGGAUGACACUUUUCAAGUGGCUUCGAUUAAGAACUGUACACCCAAUAUUGUUGGCUCUUAUUCUGAGCAUGGCCGUGCCUACUAUAAUAGGUCUUAGCUUAUGGAAAGAGUUUUUUCCCAGAUUAAUGACAGAAUUAAUGGAACUACAGGAAUUCUAUGACCCAGAUACGGUGGAACUUAUGACCUGGAUAAAAAGGCAAGCUCCAGUUGCAGCUGUGUUUGCAGGGAGUCCACAGUUAAUGGGUGCGAUUAAAUUAUGCACUGGAUGGAUGGUGACAAGUUUGCCUCUUUACAAUGAUGAUGAUCUUCUCAAGAGAAAUGAAAAUAUCUACCAAAUCUAUUCAAAGCGAUCUGCUGAGGAUAUUUAUAAAAUACUGACAUCUUACAAAGCUAAUUACCUAAUUGUAGAGGAUGCUAUCUGCAAUGAGGUGGGACCCAUGAGAGGCUGUAGGGUUAAAGAUUUAUUAGACAUUGCAAAUGGCCACAUGGUUUGUGAAGAAGGUGACAAGCUAACCUACUCAAAAUAUGGGCGAUUUUGUCAUGAGGUCAAAAUUAACUAUUCUCCAUAUGUGAAUUAUUUCACUAGAGUAUACUGGAACAGAUCCUACUUUGUAUAUAAAAUCAACACUGUGAUAUCCUUCCAGUCUUGAAAAAUAACAGAGCCUUCAUUUCAAAGACUACCUGAAGUAAAAUGCAGUUUUCUUCUACCUACUCGGUGUCUUUUGCAGAUCAGAGUAUAGACAUUUGAAAUAUUGCUGCUUCUUUCCCCCUUCUGCUGUUAACUGGAUCCAGAGUUCUGUGGGAAAUAGAAGAUCAAGCAUUACUGUCCUUUGAUUAAAUGUGAUAUCUACCACUCUGCAAUAUUCCAGACAGGUGUCUUCCUUACCGUUACAUGGUCUUUAACACUUUUACUGAUUGCAACAUUUUCCCCAUAAAAUCUUCAUUCUAUUAUAAUAUUGAUCUUGAAUUUGAAUAUGUGCAAGGUCAGAUACAUUUCUCAAACAUAACAUUUAAUAAAUAAUGUGAUAUAAUUAUUUAAUAGAAAGAAUAAUUCCGACCUUCAAGAAAGUUUCUGAAGGUAUUUUAUGAUGUAUAACAACUGAAGUUUUACAAUAAAAACUAAUUUAAAUGUUAGCCGAAGAUAUGUGGCAUUUAAAUUAAAAUGGAAAUUAUAUAAAGGAAAGUGAUUUUUAAGGAUAUACAUAAAGAUAUAUUUAGAAUUUUCAUGAUACUGUUCUCCUCAUCUACUGCUUAUGUUAAGUGAGAACUUUCUUAGUAAUACAUAAUGCAUGAUGUUACUGCAUUUUCUAAAUGACUAGUAAGUGAUUAGUUUUUUCACUUAUGCCUAUUAAUUUGAUACCAAUUUAAUCAUGAUAAAACAAUAACCGUUAACAUAUAUUUUGUUAAAUGGACAUUUAAAAGAAUGUUCAGGUUUUUUUUUAAAAUACUGAUAUGGGGCAUACAAUCUAUUCACAUGUUUUCUACUGAAGUACUAAGUAAAAAAGUUAAAUCAUUAUCAGAAUAAAAAUAUGUGUUCUAAAAUGAGCAACAAUUUCUGGGGAUACAUGCAGAUGUUGUUAAACAUACCUCUGCAUGCAGAUAUAUUAUAAAACACAAGCAAUGUUAUUUAUGAAACUGUGAUGCAGUGUUCACCGUCAAGAAAAAAUGACAACUAUAAUAAAAUUUACAACACAGUUUCACAGUCUAAAUGCUAUGUUCCUUUAAGUAUUUUCAUAUUUUUAAUCAUUUAUUAAGAGAAAAUUAUAAAAAGUUAAUUUGGCCUUAUAGAGAGAUUCAGGAUAGAUGUAGCCUAUAGAUGUGUCAUUUUAAUAAGUUGGGAUACAUGUUUAGUUUUUCAUUAUAUUCCUGUUCAGUGAACAGAUUUUCAUAAUUCUCACUUGUUAAAGUGCUGCAAAAAUUGCAUUUUCAGUACUUUAAAUUAUUACAUUAGAAGAGAGCAUUUCUCCGUUGUCUUUAUUUUCUGUUAUAUAUGUGUCGUAAAAGUACACUACAUUAGAAGGGAGCUUUUCCGUUGUCUUUAUUUUCUGUUAUACAUGUGUUGUUAAAGUACAUGCAUUCUUAGACUAACUCUCAGAUGCUUUGCUCUUUUGGAGCUGAAGAAUUGUUUGAUGGUGAUGUCAUAUAUCUGAUAGAUUAGUUUCAGUGGUUCUCAUUUCACUUUUAUACAUAAUUUCUUAACUAUAUUAAGAUAGUUGCAGGCAGUGUACCUCAGGUCGACUCUGUACAUCUGAAUAGUGAGUCGCUAGUAUUUUGCUUCAAGCCUUCUGAAAAUAUAACCAUAGUUACCUAAGCACACAGUGAAUAGUCACAUGGUAGUCCUUGUGAUUAGAGCAUGUAAAACAAUGUAAUUGAAAAGUCAGCUUCCAUAUUUUGAAGGGGAAAUAGAACACCCUACUUUUUAUCUAGUGUGAAAUAUUUAAUCGAAUUUUUGUUGAUUUAUAUUAUGUUACCUGCGCUGAAUUAGGUUUGGUACUUGUGUUUUGUUUGACAUAUUAGUAAGUUGCUUUUGCUUCUUUCUGUCAACUUAUUUUUUAAAUAAAAUUGAUCUGGAAAAAUUGUUAA